UCGCUUCACUCCUAAAACCCUCUCUCGUCGUUCUUCUUAAUCCCCGAACCCUCGUUCCCGAUCACCAAAAACCUUGGAGCAUUUCCCGAUUCGAGCGUUGGUGUUGUCUCCUUCUCUCGAUCCGUAGAAAUUUAUGAUCGCGAUCCCCUUUUCUGAAUCGAUUUCAUGAUCAAAAUCUCCAACCCUAACCCUAAUUUGCUGCUUGAAUCCUGAUUCUCCAAAUACGUGGGCAACCGUAAGGACAAAUCAAAUUUACUAUGGAGCAUGAAAGUAGUGAGGAGAAUACCCCUGGUCAAGUCAGGUCUAGAAAAGUACUUCCUGGAAUGCUCGUUGAGAAUGAUUCCGUUCCAGCGGAUAUACAGACGAUGGAAGUAGACAUGCAGGAUUCUGGAAGCAAUAUUGAAUCUCCAACUCCUGAGAAGCCUGAAUCUAGAAGGAAGGCAAAUCUUGAUUCUUCUCUUCCUAGAAAACUACUCAUGAAGGAUUUUGAAUUUGUUAACAGUCACGUAGCUGCUGUUCGGCGAAGCACUCUCCUUUCCAGUGAUGAUAAUUCUUCAUCUUCAGGGUCUUCUCAAGGAAUUACCCAUCUUCAAGACAAAUCUCUGAAGGAGAAAUCAAUUGAACUUCCAGAAAAAUUGCAAACUUUAAUAACCCUUUUCAACCGUAUGGAGAGUUCUAUAAGGUUGCUUCGGCUGUGUAAGAAGCUGCCAACUUUUCGAAACAUUUGCACUCAGGUGGAGGUACUAAGUAAAAGGAAAUUCUUAAGCAGCCAGCUUGCACAGAUGAAGUAUUUAUUUCCUGAAGCUAUUCAAAUAAACAAGAUACUUGUGCAUGAUGAGAAAACUUUAUGCAUGAUUCCAGAUAUGAAAAUUACUCUAAUGAUGAAUGUUGUAGAAAACCGACAAACGGAGGGAUCUAUUUCUAUGGCUUUAUGCCAAGCUUUUCAAGAAAAGGUUUCGAGUUUUUUCAUUGCCCAUCAAGAGGGCACUGAUAUACCCGAGGCCAUGCUACCAGAACCUUUUAAUUCAGGAAGCUUCCGCAACACUCUGCUCGAGGGAUCAUCUGCUGAACUACCACUGCCAAAUUCUGGUGAUCUAGCAUCAUUAAAUGCCUCCCAUCUUCCUCCAUCAUUCCGGAGACUGAUUUCUCAGAAAGUUAUGGCCACGAAAACACAAAGAACUCGGAUACUUGCUUCACCAGCAUUGUCAGAAUCUCUAUGCAAUGAUGGUGAACAUAUUGAAACUAGGAGUCCUCAGAAGCAAGAUGACCAUGGCUCUUUCUCAAACAUCCACAUUCCUGCAACAACUUUAUGCACGCCAGCAAAAGUUGACUCAAAUUUAGAGAAAGUGAUUAUUGAAACCCCCGCACAGCAGAUGCCUAAAAGACCAGUGCCCACUCCAGAUAGAAAGUUGGUGGCAGAAGAUGAAGAAGAACUUUCUGAAGCUAGAUUGACCACCCCAGCUCGUAGAUCACUGAUUUACUCACCAUCAAAAACUGAUGGAAAUAUGGAAGAACCAGUUCAUCAAGCUGUAGCCACAAAAGGAAGCCUUUUGGGAGAAGAGACUAGUGGAUUGCUCACUAAAUCUCUACCUGUGGAACCUGAUACUGUAGCUGGUAUUUUUGAAGAGGGCAACGUUAGCCAAGUCAGCAUAGAGAAGUGUGUGGAGAAGCAAGCUUGCCUGCCUAACAUUUUUGACACUAUCUGCCUCAUUACUUGUUCUUCCAAUUGUUCUCUAAUCACAAAACAGGAGCUUGUGCACAAGAUUAUCUCAAACAACUUAGAGAUUGAGGAGACAGGAGAAGUAGAAGAGCAGUUGGUGAUGUUGGAACGGUUGGCUCCAGAUUGGAUUUGUAAGAAGGCUGUAGCUUCUGGAGAAUUUCUCUACAGUAUUAAUCAAAUAUCCAAUCUGAAAACAGUUCGAGCAAGGAUUGCCGAUGGCGUCUACUGAGACUUGUUGAGCAUAUCCGUGAGGCUGUCAUUUUCUUUUUCUUCGAUUAGCUGAUGACGAUGCAUGUUUUCGCGGGGGAUUCAAGGCCUGUGGGGAUUGAUCUUUUGUUCUUGCAGAGUUAUAUCUAGAUCUACGAGCACUCGCUCUAUCAUUUGGUUGCAUUGAGAUAGAGCUAGGAGAACGUGAGGUAUUAUUGGUUGUGACGUUAGCAUUCGUAGGUGUGCUUGAUGACUCUGGUUCAAGGAAAUAGAUAAGAGAUUAAUUACUGAGAUUCAAACUCCAAUGACGGUAUCAUUCUCCCCACGCGAAGAUGAGGAUGAGCUAUCAGUUAUAAGAGCUGCCACCAUUUCGGAGGUAAAUCCAUAUCGGCUAUGCCAGUAGUCUUUGCAGAAAGGAACUCAAUGUCCUUAUAGGUCGGAAAUAGUUUAUUACUACACUUCACGUAGGCUAGAUUCUCCUGAAUAAAAUUGUUAACA